UUUGAGCCACUGCAUCCCCUAGCGGCGCCCGGGUGGCUGCAGCCGCUGGCCCGAAAAUGCUGCUCGGGCGAGCAGGGGUCAGGCGGGAAAAGAAGACUCCAAAUCCACUCUCUGCUCGCAGGGCAAUGCUGCGAGGAGAGGGAGUGGGUUCCCCCGCAGGCUAUCCCACCGAUGGGGCUGAGAGCUUAAUUUGGGGUUUUAUUUGAAUUGGCGACAUUGUUCCCUCUUCGCUCCUCUACCCCAUAAAAUUCCCUACAAAUGCAAAAAUUCGAGAUAGAAGAAGCCGUCCCUGAAAGUAACUUCUGAAGGAUUCCUUUCAUGCGGUGAAGGAACAACAACAAUAUUCAACUUCACCUUGGUGUGUGAGGGUUGUCGUGUUUUAAAACACUAUCCCUGUAGAAAGAUUAGUGAAAUGUAUUGGAAGAAGUAGUGGAAACGUGAAUCUUCCUAAUCUUGCGUUUGGAUCUUCUUUGGAGUCCUCACCUUCUUAAAUCAGAUGUUUGUUUGAAAUCAGGGCUGAAUUUCCAUAUAUAGGACAGAAAGAAAGAACCCCAAUUUUUUUAAAGAAAGCUCCCCCCCCCCCACGUUUCUCUUGAGCCCACUUGGUCUCCUGUUAUUAGGCGGCCCAGUUAAGAGGCAUCGAUUUUCCUUUCGUUCUCUGACCACUCGUCUCUCCUGGGCCAGCCAAGCUGCCCGCAUCUUCUCCUGCUCACAGCGCUCCCUAAACCUUUUAAUUAUUUAGUUGCUGUCUAACAUUCACCGGAAACCUCUCCAUAAACAAGGAGAAACGAACGCACACGCAUUUUUGCUAAGAAGCCCGGGAUUAAGAUUAAGGAUAGAAGCUGAAAGAAAAAUUGAAAAAUGCUUCUCCGCGCGUCAAUCGAGGGGUGGAUGCGCCACGCAGCGUGAGCCCAGCUCACAGCCACGCGUAAGACCAAGAGCUGCCCUGGGUCCUGCGCGCGGAGACCUCAGAGCCGAAGAGAGAAGUCCCCGCGACAGAAACGCUGCGGAUGCCAGGUCUUGAAAAUGCUAACUUCUGAGGCUAAGAAUUAUUUCAGAGACAAAAAGAAAAGACUGGAGCAGCCGGCGGGGCUCGGGUGGAGGAAAGCGAGGAGGCGACCAGGAGGAUGCCGCCGCCGCCGCCUCCGCCGCCGCCGCAGGGCCCGGGGCUUCUGUAGGGCACAAGGCCUCCCUCACCAGGGUAAGGGGCUGGCGAUCAACCUGGACGCCUGGGACCCUGGGAACAAGCAUCCCGCAGCCGAGCAGACGACGGCGCGGCCACCGCCUGGAGAGGAGCCGGGGCCCGGGGCGGCGUGCGGGCCGGCGGCUGCUGGCUUGGCCUAUCCGAAACCCCAGGCCUGGAAGCGGCUGCUUUAGGCGUCAAGUUGAGCGGGGUAUGUGUGUCCUCUUGGGGAAAAGGUGAGAAAUGGAGCCGGACUUUCUCCGCUCGGUAGGGGUUAAGCUGGAACCUACACACACCCCCAAACACAUGUCCACGUGCAAGUCCCUCCCACCUGCCCUCCCAGGGGCGAAGAGACCCUGUCCCAGUGGAAGUGGGGAAACCCAGUUGGGUACAGAAAGCAGAGGCCAUGGCGCAGAGAGGAGGCGCGGUUUUCUGGGGCUCAGCCCUAGGGCUACAGACCCAGGGCGCGGAGAUGCUCGCGGCCGGCGCCACCCACCCGAGCCAGGCAACCCGUGCUUCCAGGCGAGCUCCGCGGGGCCGAGGUGCCGGGAGAAGCGGCCCCGGGCGCCCGCGCGCUGCCCGACCUGGGUAACAGGCAAAGCGGAGCCCCGGGGUCGAAGUCCUAAAGUUACUAAUCCCGCGGAGGGGGAGAGAGCGUGCCUCGGGACGCCCGGGGCGGUCAUUUGAGCGUGUUUACUUAAAGACUUUGCAAGCAGAGCGCGCGCGAAAUCGUCAGAUUUCCAGCGAGGCAGCAAAUAUUUGCAGGCAGGAGAAAGAAGCGGAGCCGAGCCGAGCCGCCGAGUCCCUCCCCUCGGAGCCCCGGCGCCGGCCUGGGCGGUCCCGGCCGCGCAGUUAAAGACAGAAAAGCAGCCGGGAAUCUGCGGGGCUCGGGGGGCGGGGAGCGACACCAAAGGCCAGAAACUGCAGCACGGCCCGAGGCCCUGGCGAGCCGGGCCUGGGGGAGGAGAAGUCCCUUCCCAUUCCAGCUCGAUCAAUCUUGCUGGGCUGCGAUCGGUCAAUAAAAACGGUGUGAAGCGGC